AUGCCUCCACAGAUUGCGUCAUACUUCAUAUCCUUUCAACAACUCACCCUUUCACUUACUUCUCUCCCAUUCCUGCUCUACAAUUCCAUUUUGAUCCGGGGACCGAAGAGGAACAUACGAUUUAUAAAGGCCGAUCGGAUCGAGGAGUUCUCCGUUUUGGGUAAAACAGAGGAGAUCGCUUCCCUUCGUCUUCCGUAUGUAGACCUAGCAGUAUUGCACGCGAAGGAGGACGCCGCUGUCAGGAAAGCGGAGGGUGAAGCGGAAAGAAUAGGAGUCGGGGUAACUGCAGAGGCUCAAGACAUAUUCUUUGCCCUUUGUAAAACGUGA